CAGCUGAGAGCUGGCGGCCUGGCCCGGCCAUGGAGAACGGCGGCGUCUACAACAAGACCACGGAACCGGAGGUGAAGGCGCCCCGCCGCCGGCCCUUCGGCUUCACCCUUAGGCGCCUGUGGGGAUGGCGGCUGCCGGUCAAGGUGGUGCAGGCGAUUUUCUCUUUAGUGGCCGUUGUUUGUGAAGAAAUUGUGGACGAUUGCAGCUUUUGUGGUGGACUUUACUUCUUUGAAUUCAUAAGUUGCAGUGCCUUUCUUUUGAGCCUCCUGAUUCUGUGUGUGUAUUGCACUGAUUUAUAUAAAUCACUGGGGGAAGAUAAAGUGCAGAAAAUGAAUUUUUGGGCUGUGCCAGUCAUAGGUGCCUCGUUUCUGCUAGCAUCAAUAGUAUUUUCUGCAACGUGCUCUGGCUCUGCUGUUGAAAGUGCUGCAUGUGUAUUUGGAUUUUUUGCAACUUUUGCAUUUGUAGCUGAAUUUGGUAUAGAGCUCUUUCUCAAGCGAAAACAAAAACUCAUCAGUGAACGCUCUGAAAAUCCUGGUAACACUCGGAGGACCACAGAAAAUCAGCCAUUGAAUAAAUGAAGCUAACUUCCUGAAAUUUUCAUUUUUUAUCUUUUUUUUCUUUUUUUAAUUGGAGCAAACUAAAAUUAACUUUCAGUGCACUGUAGGUAACCACUUCUGUUUCUUUGUUCUAAUUGAUUUUGUACACAUUGCUCAUCACAAAUUUUUAUGGAUUCUUGGGUCAGGUAAUGGCAUCUGGAGCAUCAUGUUCUAAGGAAACUGGUCCUGCCACCUGUUGGGAUGACAGGCACUAAAAAACUUUGGGUCUAAACAGAAUCACUUCAGGACAGCAGUGUGCUGAUUUGAUUUUGACAGAGAUGGCUAAUAAAGGUUAAUGUCUGAGGCAUAAAUUCCUAGCUAUAACCUAAAGUUAUUUCCUGGUUAAAUGGACCAGAUGUUUCUGUUGUGAGCUAUAAAUUAGCACAGCAGAAUUUAUUUUUGUACUUCCUGGUCAAACUGAAUGUAAAAGGGAUACUUAACUGGAAUAUUAUGGGAAUAUUUAUGCUUAAAUAAGGUGUUUUGGGUUGUUUUUGCUACUCCUAUGUCUCAGUUCUGUCUGUGGAGAUCAGUUUAAUGAUAUAGUGACGGUAGGGAGCUUAUGGGGAAGGUAAUGUAAAUGGUAUAUUAAGGAGACAGUUUUGCACUCCAUGAUUGUCAGAGUUUGGACUUGUAUGCCAGAAUCUUCUUUCAGGUGGUUUUGAAAGCUGUAACAGUUGCAGGAAGAAACUUGAAAAGCCAGCAGUGAGAGGAGUGAGAUAAAGAAUAAAUAUUUACAUGAAGCAACCCCAGAAGUAACAAUCUGAAUAUCAACGGGAAAAACCUUACAGCACGUUGGUUCUACCCUGGUAAAUAUUACUUGCAAGGUUAAUACCAUAUGCAGCUUGUUUAUGUAUAGAUAAUACUAAGUUUUGCCAGAAUGGUUUUGAACCUUACCAUUUUCUGUGUUUAUAAACAUGGCAGUAGCUUGAGACUCCUUGCUCCUGACUAGCUCAGUUGGCAAACAGGUAAAUAAGCACUUGUCCCCUUGAUUUGUUUUGCAAGCAACAGUCUGUAGGACUGCAAGGAACAGUACUGAUGGGACAUGUAUCAGACAAGUGAUGGAUGUGUCAGACCAGAUGUUGAUGGCUGUAAAAGAAAUGAAGUGCUGAAAAAGCAUUUUUCUGAUGUCUGAGGUAAAAGCAAGACUGCUACGCCUCUCUUAAGAGGAAAGCUUUCAAAAGCAGAGAAAAUUACUGUAAGCCAGGAGGUGUUCCAAAAUACCACAGCAAAUGAGAAAAAGCUGAUUAUGCAAAAACAGUUCUUGUCUGAGUGCUUAAGACAUUUGCCGUGUCUCCCAGGUGAUAACUGCAUUUCAUAGAUGUCCCAAUUUGGCAUGUUCCCGUCCCGUAAAAUGUUGUGGCAGCAUUGAGAACAAGCCCUCCAGAAACUGUCUGACCUGUAUUUGGGAAAGGAAGAGGAAGCUGUUUUAAGACAAAUGAGGGUAAUAGCAAGUCAAAGUUGGGUUUUUUUUUCCAUUGCCACUUUCUGAUGAGUGUGAGUUUGUGAUGUUCUCUCUCUCUUUGGCCUGAGUCUUAAGCCUAACACUACACUUUGCUUGGAGGAUGUAAAAUUUUGCUAGGUGGUGUGAAGCACCAAGUUAAAGCCAUAGCUUCGUUUUAGAGCUAUGCAUAGAAGAGAUACUUUACUUCAUAGAAUUUUCUGUGUUGUAAAGAAGAAAUGCUCUUUGGACUGGCUUUUUCUUUUUUUUUUUUUUU